GGGAGGAAGGGGAGGGCAGGGGAGAGGAGGGAGAGGAGGUCGUGUCCCCCUCCCCCGCCUGGGAAACGGCGGCACACUGAGGCGCGGGCCGGCGUCAGGCCGGAUGCUAAUGAGGGCGCGUUCCCACAGCCGGACAUUGUGCGGCCCACCUGCUCCCGCGGCUUUGUGCCCGCCAUUCACAUGCUGCUGUGUGCGGCCGCCAUUGGCCGCGAGCGUGGGAACCGCCGCGGCGCCCGGGCCCCAGGGCCAGCCCGCCCCGCCGCCUAUAAAGCCGCUCCGCCCGCUGCCAGCUCUGCUCCCGCCGCUCCGGCUCCGGUGCCCGCUCCCGCUCUCCGCCAGCAUGGCCCCCGGCGCCGCCGCCCUGGAGCUGCUGAGCCCCAAAGAGAAGAACCGACUGCGGAAGCCCGUGGUGGAGAAGAUGCGCCGUGACCGCAUCAACAGCAGCAUCGAGCAGCUCAAGCUGCUGCUGGAGCAGGAGUUCGCGCGGCACCAGCCCAACUCCAAGCUGGAGAAGGCAGACAUCCUGGAGAUGGCCGUCAGCUACCUGAAGCACAGCAAAGCCUUCGCCGCCGCGGGCCCGCAGAGCCGGCGGCAGGACUUCCGCGAGGGCUACGCGUGGUGCCUGCAGGAGGCCGUGCAGUUCCUGGCGCUGCACGCGGCCGGCGACGCGCAGAUGAAGCUGCUCUGCCACUUUCAGCGCCCGCCGCCCGCGCCCCCCACCCCUCACCCCGCGGCCAAGGCCGGCCCCGCGGCGCCCCAGCACCAGCCGCCCCGCGGCCUCUGGCGGCCCUGGUGACCGAGGGCCAGCGGUGCGCGGGGCAGGGCCGCCCGGCCCCGGCCCGGCCUCCGGAGAACGCGCCGCAGAGACCCGAGCCCGCACCCCCAGCCGCCUGCGCCGGCCG